AUGAAUGUCUCACAUUUACAAGUUAAGUGCUCGUUCUCUUCAGAGCAAAUUUAUCUGAGCUGGAGCAUUUCGGAAAAGCAAAGAAAUGUGAAAUUUGUAAUGCGUGGGAAAAAUCUUCGAACCGGAAAACUGACAAUCGUUGAUAUUCCCGACAUGGGAAAGCAAUUCGAGCUUCCAAUUGCAACAACAUCUGGAGAAAAGUUUGAAAUCAGAAUUCAGAUGGUUUCCGCGGAUUUUGGAAUUUUGCUAGCCGAGUGGUCAAAGGAAGUUAGGGCUGAAUUCACUUCCGCCGAACUACUGGAGCUUUACAAAAAAUGCUUAAAUUUUGUGAAAGAAGAUAACAAGCCAAGUAUGGUAGAAAUUACCCAACUCUACAGAUGUAAGCCAAAAGAAUAUUGGGAUGAAAUCUGCAACUGGCAAAGCAAUAUAAUGAAAACUUACUCGAAAGACAAAAAUGGUCACCGCGGGAAUUUGAUAAAUGGGAAAAUCAAUGGAUUGUUCUUCUCGGGACGUUUAAUUGAUUGGAAUCUGCCGAAAAGUUCGCCAUUUGGUGAUGUUCGAAUGGAUAUUGACUGUAUUUCAGUUUUACACCCGGAAAGACACAAUUUAUAUUUUGCUGAUUUUUACUGCAACAAAGAAAUUCACUACGUUACUGUGGUGGUGUGUAUUACUGGAACCCAUGCCGAUAGAUAUUGCCGUAAAAAUCUCAUUAAGCUGGAUACAUCUACAAAUCUUUUUAUAAGAUCUGUGCCGAAUAAUCAUCAAUGCAAGUUCUACAUCAAUAACAAUAUUUGGAUAGAAAUUUUAUACACAGAAGAUAUCAAUUUAAAUGGAAAUUCGUUCACAUCGAUCCGUGCGACGGGGAAAGGAUCUUCUAAUACCGACGGUGUACCUAAUAACAAGAGUUGUACAAUUUGUAAUUUGUAUCCAGUUUGA